AUUUGGUGCAUCAAAGGUAAAGGAUAUUCUUAGGGGAGAAUAAUACCUUUUAAUGAAAGUUCUCAUAGUCAUGUUCCUGCUGAUUGGCACUACAUAUUUUCUAUCAGAAGUCUACAAACUCUCUUAAUACAAUAAGAACAUCACACAGACAGUGAUGACUGAGCAUGCUAUGGCAUGUGAUUUACUGUUCAAUUACUGUCAUCCUCAUCAAACCAUUCAGCCAUUGAGCCCUUGUGCUCUGUGGAUAUGAGUGGGGAAGAAACGACUCCCAUCAGGAUAGAAAUCUAUCAUCAUAGGGUAAAGCUGGAAAGAACUAUGUGUUGACUUUUCUCUCUAGUCUAAUAAGUUGGCCUAAAUCAUACUAGCAAAAUGCCAACAGAGACACUAGACGUAGUAAUGAGUGUAUAAUCUUUACCUAUACGUCUGGAAACUUCCUUACAUUCUCAUUCACAUUUCCAGAUAUCCAUAGAACAGCUGCUUUUCUGUUUUUCUUAAAUAGCACCACAGUUAUUAAAUGUAUGCUUUCAAUCACAGUUUCCUAACCUGUUUGGAAACCUCUUUUAAUCUCUAUUCCAUAGAUCCACAAAUUGAAAUGUCACUUCACUCUAAUCACUUCCUACUGAAACACAAGCCUGUCUUAGACUUAAGCUCUUAAGACAUCUGAGCCCAAUAAUGAGCCCUCUUUCAAAAUCACUUAGAUUCUAUUAGGUCUUACCUCUUGUCCUGAUUCAAAAUCAAGGUCAGCGGGGCCUGCAAAGCAUUUAAUAAAUACCACAGAACACUGAAGCAUAUGCAUGUUUGUAAUGUUUCCCAACUCCAUUUUUUCCCCUUGGCAUCCUCCAUAUGUACACAGAGAUUUAAAAAUGGUAACACUUAAUGGCAACAUUUUAUUUCUCCUUGUGCUAUAAUGUUAUAGUCUUAUAGUGACAGUUUUUUAAUCUCUCUCUCUCUCUCUCUCUCUCUCUCUCUCAAGUUGAGUUUGCUCUUCUUGGUCUACUUGAAUAAUACAUUGGAAACGGAAGGGUUUGUGAAUCACUCAUGAGCACAACGCUUGUAGAGUUUCAAAUGCAUUCAUGCAGUAUGUCAUGGCACUGUUGCCAGGUGGACCUGUAGUGUUGUGGUCACUCUUGGUUCUUUAUUGACUUUUUUGUGUUUUUAUUCUACUCUACCAUCUGUGGUUCCAAUAUAGGAGUCAAAAAAGUCCUUCUGAGUACAAGGACAUAUAUUAUAACACAUUCAAAAUGUAUAUACUAAUAUAAAUGAUGUAAUCAGUAUAAUAUGUUUAAAGAGUAAGACCAGAUACAGCAGGUGGAGUUGGAUCUGAUGGUAUUAGAUAUAGCAGGAAUGGGCACUGUUUCACCGUCUGUGCAUGAAUAGGGUUUCUUCGGCUCAUGAAAAGGUAUCCGAUGGCCUCAUAGAUUAUUAACAAGACCUGUCAGAGUGCAAGUCUUCACAUGCCCAACUGUACACAGAUGGGAGCAUUUGUCUAAACUCCAGCCCAGCAUCAGCAGCACACUUACACUGUUCUACUCUAAAGUAUCUUAAACAUCUUAAAACUUGGUGUAUAUGAACAGCUCCAGAACAAAUCAUGAGCCUGAGGACCGUGUCUCAUGGGGACCUUCAGAAUCUGUCUCUGUCAAAACUUCCGGCUUCGGACAACAGUAUGUUCAAGUCCUAUUCGGUCAGCAGUAAUAUAGGGAGCCGAUUUGGAAAGGAGAGCAUGGAGGAGAUUAAAGGAGUGUCUAAACCGUCUCAUCCUCCUCGGAGACCCGUGAGAGCGGUGAGGCCGGUGAGCGCUCUCGGUGUCAGUGGCUCCUUCAUCCAGAUUAACCACCUGCAAGGAGAGCUGGUACGCAAGAGAAAGGAAUGUGAAGACCUAAAGAAGGAAAACAAGUACCUAUCCAGUGAGAUUCACUGUGAGAGGAUCAUGAUGAGAACUGAAAGUGAGCUAACCAUGAGGAACCUUAGAAACCUCAACCAGGAACUACAGGCCGAAGUUAAAGAGUUAAAGCAGAAGGUGCAUCUGAACCAGCAGAGGGCGACAAUGUGCUCCAGGGCAGUGGAGGAGGCAGACAAGUCACGAAAUGAGGCAGAAAAGAACCGAACCCUGGCAGAGGCUCGUGCACUAGAGAGCAAAGGAGAGAGAGAUGCAGCACUGGCUGACAAAGUACAACUCAGUGAAGAGCUACACACUCUGAGUAAAGAGCACAAAAACACACAGCUGCUUCUGGCACAGACUGAAAAAAAUUACUUUGAAGCUAUGUUGAAACUGGAGAGGGUGUCUGGAGAGAAAGAGUUUGUCCUAAAGGAGAGCAAGGGACUGGAGGAUGAGAGGAACAAACUAAGGCAGAAAAUCAAAGAGCUGACUGAUGAGAAUGUAACAACAAAUGAAAAGGAGGUGACCUGGAGACGCAGGGCUGCUGCCGCUGAGGAGCAGAGGGAGAGAGCCAUUAAAGAGCAGCAGCAGGCCGAGCAUGAGAGCAGACUGGCCAAGAGAGAGAAAGACAAAUCAGUUAGUGAGUGUCUCAGCUGGCGGGAAAAGUACCAAGCUCUGGCAGACAUCUUCAGAGCGCAGGAGGAGCUCAUAUCACAGAGGCAGAACAAAGCAUGUCAAGCAAACAUAAAAAGCUACUUUCUCUGCAUGGCGGAAAGUGACCAGAAGAUUAAGAUCCUAAAAAACGCUGAUGGAACCACAAGGAACUUCACGGAGGGAGAUCCUGUGUAUAUCUCAACAACUCAAGCCGGUGAUGAUGAUUCAGAAAAGAUUUCAGGAAGGACCAUUCUUAGGGUUGCAGCUCCCACAGCAGGAAGAGACUCUGGACCAGCUCAGUUUAGUGAUCUCUCACCAAUGGGAGUAGAUCCCCAUGACAGCAGCACUCUGAGGAGAAGUAGAAAAGUGGUUGAAUACUUCUGGAUUCCCACAGACCAAGAAUAAUAAUCAGUCAUCAAUGGCUUAAAAAGUACUGACUUAGAAAGGCAAUGUAGCCAGCAUGUUUACACACUACCAUGGGAAUAUGGGGAUUUUUCCAUUUGAAAACUGCCUUGCCCAGUGUGAUUACAGUAGACUUUUAAGUUGUCUCCAUGACUCAGUGUAGACAAUCAUGCCAAUAAUUUCUUUGGCCUAUAAAUACAUUAUAUUAAAUAUUUUGUUGUAUUAUGUAAUUAAGAAAUUCUUUCAAACUAGAAUUGUUUCAUCAGCAACAGCAGUAUCAUGAGAAAAGUGCAAAGCAGCCUUUAACCUUCCACAGGAUUUAAAACAGGAAGCUUAAACAUUUUUGAUAAUUGAUUUCCUUUACUGAAAU